GCGGGUAGCGCCACAGCCAGGGCUUCAGCACACUACUGCUUGUACUGCGAGCGCUUGUCUGACAGCUACCUUGUCUGACGCCGCACUGCAUUGUGUGGUGACACUUGGGAGUGCAUCGUCAUGAAGAGCGCCCGGAGCGGAGCGUCAUUGGCCUCGCAGGGCUCUGGCCCUUUCUCCUCUUGCUCAGGCGGUUCAUCGUCUGAUGUCAAGGGCUCGAACGAGCUGACAAGAAGUGCGACAACCGCCACGUCUUCUGGCUCGUACCUGGCCUCUUCACCUUCAUGUUUGUCGCCCACCUCGUCCGAAGCCCUUGUGCAAGAGGCAAUUACGUCGUCGUCGUCGUCGACGCCGCCGUCAGAGUCGAGCUGCGAGGCUGGUCUGCACCGGCCGCCUACCCUUAUCGAGCCACCGAGCCCGGCCUCGCGCCAGUCUUCAUCGGGCCAUACCUGGUCUCGUCGCAAUACCUUCCGCUCGUCCGAGGCCUCGCUUCCGGUAGCAUCGGAUGUCUCGGUCUCGGACGAGAUCCAGUGCAGCGACGAGCUCAUACUUCAGCUCACCAUCAACUCGUUCCUGGACGACAAGUUUGGAACAAGUCUAUCAGCGCCGCAACCGGGCAUGGCUGCCGAUGGCGCUGCACCAGUGUUGGGCGUGACAAACGCUGCAGCACCUGGCACGACAGCCGACCAUCUGCACCCGCACGGGCACUCGCGCUCGCGGUCAGAUUCCACCGGCUCCAUUACUGAGCUCUCUGAGUCGGUCGUCAAGUCCCACUCGCGGUCGAACACCCCAGUCCGCUCGCCAGAGCGUGAUGGGCUCGCGACCAGCUUUCGCGACCGCCAGCUGCUGGUGACGUCUGCUGCAAAUGCUGUGCGGAAGUCGGGUAGCCACGACACGCGCUCCCGCGCCAAGGCCAAGGCCAAGGCCAAGGCCAAGGCCAAGGCCAAAGCGAAGGCCAAAGCCAAGGCCAAGGCCAAGGCCAAAGCCACGACCAAGGCCAAAGCCAAGGCCCGGGCAGCUGCUGCCAGUCGAGAAGUUGGUGAGAGCACAGGCAUGCUCACCACCGCCCCGCCACUGCGCCGCUCGUCGCAGGUCUCGCAGCCAUCGCGAUCAGGCAGUCAGACAUCGCGGCACGACUCGCCGUUCUCGGAGGUCGGUCGAAUGGCCUCAUCGGUCCAGGCUUCGGACGGUUUUGCUGUCGUUGCGAACGGCGGCGGCGGUGGCACCAAGCCCAGGUCACGGGCGAGCUCCAAGGCGCGGGCAAAAGCCAAAGCCAAGGCGCAAGCCAAAGAGAAGGCCAAAGCCAAGUUCCGAGCCUGGGUUAAGGAGCGAUCUAAGGCCAAGGCCAAGGCCAAGUCCAAGGCCAAGGCUAGGAUCAAAGCCAAGACGCGAAAGCGGUCUCAAACUGAUGCGCGCGAUGGCGGGCGGUCGCUCUCUCAGUCGGGCGUGCCCACCGCGCAGCCGUCGCCCGCAGCACGCCAGAACCACGGCACAGGCUCGAUCUCGCACCCAACCUCGCGCCAGUCGUCAUCUAACCCGCGCCGGACUCCCCACUCGCGCAAGUCCAGUUCGCGUAGUGGGCACAGAAAGCGUCGCUCGAAUGCCAGCUCGCCCUCGCCGCUACCCGCAGUCCAGGAACAUGUUGAUGUCCAGAGCAUGGGUGUGGAAACCGGGCUCAGUCGGCCGCGCUCGCGCUCGCCGGCCCAGCUGGCUGACUCGAUCGGCUCGCACUCGUCUGCGGUGCAAGGCGCCGCCCACCGCUCGCGCUCACCGGGUACUCUAGCACGUGCCUCUGGGCACACGCCCGGCCGUGGUGGGGACGUCUUUGUCAUUUUGCGCAACUCGGCAGCAUCGUCUACGUCUGAGCUAGAAUCGUCAUGCAUCGAGGCCCGGGAUUCGAGGCCUCGGUCGCGCACUCGGUCGCGGACGCCGACCACGCUCACUUACUCGCAGUACUCAUCGACCGAUUUGCUCUUGCUCGACGUCUCGCGCAUCAAGGCCCACUACAAGGCCAAGGCCAAGGCAAUGCUCAAAUCCAAGCUUGCUCUCGCUUACAAGCAGAACGGCGAAUCUGCGUCUCUCACCAGCUCCUCGUUCUCAGACCUCACGCUGAGCUCGUCGGCACUGGACGGACUCGAAAGCUCGUCGCUUGAUGGCUACAGCAUGUCAUCCGACGAGUAUGAAACUGAGGCUGAGGUCACGCCGACCGAGUCUCACCCGACAACCACGCCUGCUUCGACAAGCCGUGCAUGGCCCGUACCUCACGGGCGAGUCGGCGGUCCCGUUCCUCCGCACGCACGCCCUACCGGCCGGCCAGUUGCGGUUCAGCGGUCGAACACGCUUGACGUUAUCGGCCUCGAUCCUCCGCCAGACUAUCCCCUCCUCUCCGAGCUGGCGUCGACUGGGUUCUCGCGGUCAAACGAAGAGGUUCUCAUGCGGCAGAAGCAGCGCGAGCGCGGCGACGGCCUUCAGCCUGGGCCGGAUGCGCCUACCCUGCGCUCGCAGUCGCCGCGGCGCAACCAGCUUGCCAACCACGUCAUGUCCAUCCGGGCCGAGGAAGAGGAAGUUGUGACAUCGACGCCGACACCACCAAGCGUGAUGCAUUCACCGACCGGUGUGGCACCAACCGGUCGCGACUCCCGACGAGUCGCGCCGGCCUUUGGCAUCGGCGGUGCUGAGACCGGCCAGCCGCGUUCCUCAAUCUCGUCCACCCCGCCGUCGCCGCCCUCUUGGGCAGGCGGCGGCGGCGGCGGCGGCGGCGGCGGCGGCCACUCAGCGGCUUGGGUACAUGGCGAAGACUCGCGCGUUCCGCCCGGAACUCCAUAUGUGCGACCUCGGGCUGUCCGCUGGAUCCUAGGCGCGCUGGGACUCUACUCGUCGUCAUCGAGCUUGGCGUACGAGGUGUACCAAGUUUUCAUCUCGCUUUCUGUCGCACCGGCGCUGCUCAUGCUUAUCGUACUGCGGGCGUUCGAGGCGUCGUCGCGGCCAGAAGACACAUCGGGCUCGUUCCUCGCUUGGCCGAUCCUCAUCCCGGCAUGGAUCGCCGGACUGUACUCGGGCGUCACGCUCUGGUUCCUCAUGCGGCAAGAGGUGUGCAAAGAGCUCGAAGUAUUGGUGGCCAAUCUGGUGUGCUCAGAGCGUGAGCGACGGCUGCUCGCCAAGCUGGACACCGGCUUCCACGUUGUCGUAGUCAUCGCGCAGAUGGUCGGUGUUGCUGUUCUUGCGGCGACGACAUCCGCGCACCUCUCGACCGCACUUUUUGUCUGCUUUGUUAUCGCUUCGCCGCUGGCCAUCAUGUUUCCGUUUGCCCUCAUUGAGCUCCUCCUUCUCGUUCGGGUUUACCUUGCUGCCGUCAGCGACGUCUCGCACCAGAUGGGCGUGCUCUCAAUCGGUCGGCGACCAUCACUCCACCCGGACGGCUCAAUGGCAAUGCCCUCGCCAAACCUGGAUCUUUCGAUGGGCUCGGGCUCGUACCCAGUCGCCACUGUUUAUCGCUCAGACCCAGCCAUGGCUGACGCGCUCUACGCCUCGGCGACUGUCUCGAUCACCGACAUUGGCGGCGUCAUCAUGCACUUUGACUCGCUCUGCCGCAAGCUCCGCGCCUCGGUGGAUGUGUGGAAGGUGUACUGGGUCAUCGGCGCUGUUCUGUACACCGGUCUCCUCGCUGUCGCUGCCGAGCGGCUCGCCGCCAAGUCGUGGCACUUGGGCUCGCGUGUGGCCUCGCUCCGUUUUGAGGCGUCAUCGUCUCAGCGCUUCGUGUGGUCUAUUUCUCCCACAGUCCACUUUACCCACCACUCGUUCCGUCGACUUCUCAUCUACCAUUUGCUUCUUUUGCUGACAGUCGUUGUCCUGGUCCUGGCUCGUUCGUAG